AUGCUUCAGAAAAUGGGUCAUGAAGUCUCUCGAGAACCUCAGAUCACUUUCCCUGACAAACAAUACAGACAAGUCAAUAAUUUCAAGGCUGAGGAACAGAUGGCCUUCAUUUCGCAUACUCUGAACGCUAUAAAGAAAUUGUACAGCAGUGGUAAAUAUGAGUCCACCGCCUGGGACCAGAAAGGAGUUGACAAGUUUAUGAAUGACCUCUAUCGCCAGACCUCGGAGCUGGACCAAUGCGUAAAGUCUAUGAAAACUAGACUAUCAAAAUCUGUCAAAAGAGUGAACAAAAAGAUGAGCCUUCACUUCAAGUUCCUGAAGAAUUACUUGAAACGCGAGGAAUACAGCGCAAGCGGCUGGGAAGACAUAAGGACAGUGGUGCUGGCACACCUACAUAGACUAGACACAACAUUAAGUAUCCAAUGA